AUGUCGCACAACAUUUGCCGUGGUUGUGGUCGUGACUUUCCCCUCAAAGCGCCUGACAAAGACUGCGCAAUAUGCAGUGCUCUUGAUGCCUUGCCCCAGGAGGAUACGGAAAAUAUCAAGGAAUUGGAGUCUUAUGUUCUCUCAUUUUGUUUUCUAGCGAAACAUGGGGCUCCAGAACGAGUGUUUAAGGAUUCACUUGUUGCCAAAACAUUGGCUGAUUUCAACAUGCGACCUUCUGGCAUUGCCAGUGGCUCUUCUACAUUGUCACAUCCCCUGCCGCCACCUUUGGCCACUGAAGCCCCAGUUGAACCACCUCUCGAUGACAUCCUCACUGGACUUAGCAUGCGGCUCCAGCACCACCACCAAAAUGUUUCAGACCAGCGCCUCGCAAAAGGUCGAUUGCAGAAUGGAGCCCUUCAGUGUGCUAUGACCGAAAAACAGUCAAACCAAGGUUUAUGUGCAGCAUACCAGCAGAGAAUUGCCACUGUCCAAGGCCAAACAAUUAGGGUCGAUGUUCUUGGUUUUCGCACUGAGAAAAAUAAGUUGGUGCAGCUCAACCCCUUGCGACUCAACGAAACUUAUGAAAAUAAGGCUUAUGUAUCCGUGGUGGGGGCCAACCUUCUGUUCAAAUUUUGUCAAAGUCAUAGUAAAUUAUAUCUGUUAUUGCCAGAGGUCAAAAGCCACAUCCUGACAUUCUACUGGCAUGUGAAUUAUAAACGGCCCAGAUAUGCGAUACUCCCGAUAUCGGAGUGGAGGGGGAAUACGAUUGCUGAGUUGUUUAAUCACCGCGCACUUAAGCAUCACAUCAGUGCAGAUGAUGUCAAGGAGCGGCAGAUCACUUUGCGCAUCUGCUAUAACUUGACUGACCUCAUGCCUCCAUCCCCCAAAAAAAGUAGGAAACGGAAGAGUGACCAUGCAGAGGAUAAUGGCAAGUAUUAUUCUGGUAGUUUCUUAUUCCCACUCUACAAGAGCACACCAUGGGUAGACCCCAAUGUUGACUUACUUGAUGUCAUAUCCUGCCCAAGCGAAGUCAAAUCCUACUCAACUUUCAAAGGGAAAAUGAUACCGAUGACAAUCAAAAAGCGUGUUCUGAGUUUGGAGAGUGGCCUUCCCAAAGUCGAGGAUGUCCCCAACACAGUGGAGGUUCUGGUUGCGGGAAACUGGUGUGAUGGCUUAGAAUUGGCAAAGGCUGGUCAAUUGUUUUAUGCAUUGGGGUACAUUGGGGAUGGGUUCUCAAAAGUCGCGAUCUAUGGUCGGGAAGGUGAACAUGGCUUAGCAAUCUGUGUGCCGAAGCAAUCAGCGCAUACUGAAAAGGAGGUCAAGUACUACCUGGAGUGUGAGCUUCGUAUCACAGGAAUGGCCCAACAAUUUGCCAUGAACUUCAUGAACGAUGUGAAACGGGCAGUUCAAGAUUGCGUGCUUAGAUGCAGUAAUUUUGUUAGCAUCCAGUUCAACACCAAUGGGAUGUUCAUAGGGACCCUAGUUGAGGAAAUGCCACAUGCAUCGUCGGAGCCCAUUCUUCCAUAUGAUACAUUUAUUGCCACCAAAUUUCUUCCCCAUCCACCCCAAGCACGAGGAUUUCAGAAGUUCACUGGGUCCAUGGGUGAUGUUGAGCCAUCGCUAUGUCCAUCUGAGCAUAAUACUAUGGAUGCAUUUCAGCAUUAUACUAACAGGGUGUCCAGCGGAAAAUACUUGAUUACCGACCUUCAAGGUAUUUGGAGGAGUUCCACCAAUGCCAGCUGUUGGAUGCUUUUUGAUCCCCAAGGGCACUCGUCUAAUUUCAGGCAAGUCCCAUCUGAUUACGAUGGUGAAUGA